UGACAGGUGGGCGUGCCAGCCGGUGAGCUGCGAGGAGGGACCUGGACCCUCGGAGCCUGGAGAUGGCUGGGAACUGCUCCUGGGAGGCCCAUGCCACCAGCAGGAACAAGAUGUGUCCCAGCCUGAGCGAGGCCCCGGAGCUCUACAGCCGCGGCUUCCUGACCAUCGAGCAGAUCGCCAUGCUGCCCCCGCCGGCCGUCAUGAACUACAUCUUCCUGCUGCUCUGCCUGUGCGGCUUGGUGGGCAACGGGCUGGUCCUCUGGUUUUUCGGCUUCUCCAUCAAGAGGACCCCCUUCUCCAUCUACUUCCUGCACCUGGCCAGCGCCGACAGCGCGUACCUCUUCAGCAAGGCCCUGUUCUCCCUCCUGAACGCGGGGGGCUUUCUGGGCACCUUCGCCGACUUCGUCCGCAGCGUGUCCCGGGUCGUGGGGCUCUGCGCCUUCGUCAGCGGCGUGAGCCUCCUGCCGGCCAUCAGCACAGAGCGCAGUGUGUCCGUCAUCUUUCCUGCCUGGUACUGGCGCCGGCGGCCCAAGCGCCUGUCGGCCGUGGUGUGCGCCCUGCUCUGGCUCCUGUCCCUGCUGGUCACUGGAAUUCACAACUACUUCUGUGUGUUCCUGGGCCAUGCAGACUCCAGGGCAGCCUGCAGGCACAUGGACAUCGCCCUGGGCAUCAUCCUCUUCCUGGUCUUCUGCCCACUCAUGGUGCUGCCCUGCCUGGCCCUCAUCUUGCACGUGGAGUGCCGGGCACGGAGGCGCCAGCGGUCGGCCAAACUCAACCACGUCGUGCUGGCCAUGGUCUCCGUCUUCCUCGUGUCCUCCAUCUACUUGGGGAUCGACUGGUUCCUCUUCUGGGUCUUCCAGAUCCCGGCCCCCUUCCCCGAGUACGUCACCGACCUGUGCAUCUGCAUCAACAGCAGCGCCAAGCCCAUUGUCUACUUCCUGGCCGGGAGGGACAAGUCGCAGCGGCUGUGGGAGCCUCUCAGGGUGGUCUUCCAGAGGGCUCUGAGGGACGGCGCCGAGCUGGGGGAGGCUGCAGGCGGCACGCCCAACACGGUCACCAUGGAGAUGCAGUGCCCCUCUGGGAAUGCCUCCUGAGAGGCCGGCGCCCGGAGAAGCCUGGGCCGGUCGUGGACCCUGGCCUCCAGAGACUCUUUGCCACCGACAGGAACAGGCACCUGCCUUGGUGCCCGCGUGGGAGGACAGUCCGGCUGGGCCCCUCCUGCCUCCUUCUCCCAGGGAUGGAGGCCCUGGGGGUGGCCAGGAGGCCGAGCAGCCACCAGCA